GCGCAGACCGAGGUGGACCGAGUACAAGCAGAAGCCCUGCCACCUGUCUGAGUAGCUGCAGCUGUACCGUUCCUCAGUUCCUAAAGCAUGUUGCCGUGCAGUUUAGGGGUGCUCCUGCUCCUGCUGACCGCCUUGAUCACCGCACUCGGCAUAGAAGACAGCGAGGCUUUCAGGCGAAACUUUGAGGUUCGCCAAAGCAGCAGCUCCAAGAUUCCGCUCUGGAAACAACGCGCGUGCGAGAAGUCCCAAAGUCACAAGGCCAGUUCCCACUAUGUGUGCGACGAGGAGGGCGAUUUCACGUGUCUGCCUGGAUGGCAGGGCGACCUUUGCCAGGUGCCCAUGUGCCGGCGAGGCUGUGAUCCCAUGAACGGCUACUGUCAACGGCCAGGCGAGUGCCGGUGCCGCAUCGGCUACAGCGGUGAGAUGUGCGACAAGUGCAUUCCGCUACCGGGAUGCCAGCACGGCGACUGCACAAAGCCCUUUGAGUGCAUCUGCAAGCCCGGCUGGGCCGGACUCUUCUGCACAGAACCCAGCUGUCGGAGUGGAUGUCACAGCACCCGCGGCUACUGCGAGGCCCCCGGAGAGUGCCGCUGCCGCAUUGGCUACGCGGGACACACUUGCAGCGAGUGCGCCACCAUGCCGGGCUGCCAGCACGGCAGCUGCAACAAGCCGCUGGAAUGCCUUUGUCUGCCCGGCUACACGGGCCUGCUCUGCCAGACGCCUAUAUGUGCCUCGGACUGCAGCAAGUAUCACGGCUACUGCCGCGUACCUGGCGAGUGUCGCUGCAAGGUGGGCUGGACGGGCAGCCAGUGCGACAAGUGCUUCCCCUACCCCGGGUGCGCGAACGGGGACUGCGAGGCGCCCUGGGAGUGCAACUGCCACCCUGGCUGGGCCGGUAUGCUCUGCGAUGAAAAGCUGAGCUACUGCGCGGAGAACCCGGAGAUGUGCGAGAACGAGGGCAAGUGCAUAUCGGUAAGCCGCGAGGACGGCAGCUAUCGGUGUGUAUGUCGGCAGGGGUAUCUUGGAAAGAACUGCGAGAUACGCGAUGACUUUCUGCUAACCUCGGUGGCGCCACUGCGCAUUACUCCACCGCCCUUUCAGCUGGAGCUGGAGCUGGACGAUGGGGACGUGGACUUGGACUUGGACGCAGGUGUGCCUGAUGACAGCGACAACGAAAGCGACACAGGCAACACAAUGGGGCAGCAGGUGGUAAAGUUGCCAGCAAAUAAAGAGCCAAAACGCCGCACAAAUGACACCGCAGCUGUGCCCACACCAACAACGCUGACAGCAGGCACCGCACCGCUGAGCACCGUCACGACAAGGACGCCGCCAACGCCGCCAACGCCGCCAACGACGCCAACGAUAGCUACGUUAGCAGCAGCUGACGCUGGUAGCCACAAUGCGACUAAUGAAGCGUUAAGCGUUGUUGCUUUGCUCCCUGAUGGGGCGACAACAAUGGCGCAUGCUGCCACGACACCAUCAGCGACGACGGAAAAAACGAUGGCUGCGGCAAAGAGUAAUGCAACAAGUGAGGCAGUCCCCUCCCCUCCCACACAUUUCGCUGGCCACGGGCAGCCAAAGACAACGUCGGCGCCAGCCAAUGUAGCAGCAACAUCCGCAGGUUGGACCACCACCAGCAAGGAUGAGACAGGGGCAGGGGCAGAGGCAGGACUAGGGGUAGACGAGGAUGACAGCGAUGAUGAUGAUGAUGAGUACGAGGAGGAUGAUGAUGAUGAAGAUGAGGAUGAGGAGUACGAGGAAGAUGAUGAGGACGACGGCGACCAACUUCUACCAAAUAUAAUAUAAUUAUUUGCUCACUAUGUCAUUACAUUUUUCGUCUUUUUACCUAUUUAUUCUGUUCUGGUUGUUGUGGAAGUCUAGUUUUACAUGUGCCUGCACACAUAUGUACAUACAUAUGUGUGUGUAUGAAUGGAUGGAAGAUGGAAGAUGGUAUAUGGUAGAUACAUAUACAAAUAUGGUUUACGCAUUUAUUUAUGAUAAGCUUUCCAGUUCGAAACCAAUUACAAAAAAAUAUAUAAUAUAA